AUGUCUGAGUCUUCUUCUUCCGCUAUCCCGACGCCGGCCUCCUCCUCCCUGAUGCCUCCAGGGGUCGGCGAAACAGACAACGAAAAGGAGGUUACCGACAACGACGUCCCACAGUGGGGGAGGGAAGGAUGUGGAUAUCCGCUCGCUGCCUCUGGUGCGCCGGCCGUCCCCAAGCCUAAGCUGCGGCUUCACUUUGAAGACCUGGGCCACUCGGCGUCAAAGGUCUUGAUCAAGGCGGUUCCAGACCCCUAUGCGGUCAUGCAGAAGGCGAUAGCAGAGAUCGUCAGAUAUAUCUACACCUCUCCGUCUAGCGGGCGAAUCCAGUUCAGCCCUUCGCUGCCCCCUACCUCAUCCGUCUCCUUCAUCAUCCAUGACUUCCAGGGAGUCGCCUAUACCAUCGGGGUGAGCUCGGACAACAACCAAAAGGAGAUCCACAUGUCGCUCUCCUACAUCGCCCACACGGCUUCCUUGAAGGACACGGUUGCUGAGAUAGCCGGCGUCAUUCAGCAUGAGCUUGUGCACUGCUACCAGCAUACCCACCCGCCAGGCAGAUCAACCCCAAACCCUCCCUCCGGCCUGAUCGAAGGGAUUGCAGACUUUGUCCGCUUGAAGGCUGGACUGGGAGCAGCUCACUGGAAGCGUCCGGCGUCUUUGGCCGACCUCCCCAAGAAAUGGGAUGUAGGAUACCAGAACACCGCCUUCUUCCUCGAGUGGAUCGAGAAUGUUAGGAUCGGAACGGGUGCCGUGGGUUUGAUUAACGACCGCCUUCUGAGACAGGGGUAUCUCGGUGUCGAUGGUGAGACUUUCUGGAACGGUCUUUUUGGCCAAGACGUUCAGGAACUGUGGAUUGACUACGCUGAGUAUGUCGGAGGCCAGAAGCCUAGGGGCCAGGAUUGUGAAUGA